AUGGCUCAGCUCCAUGAAAACAUCGACAGCAUCGUUGCUGCUUUCUACAUGUGCGCCAGAAGCGACGGCAACUGCAGCCCCCUGAGCAGGGAGGAGCUGAGGCAGGUCAUCGAGCAGGAGUUCGAGGACGCAAUGGAGAACCCCCAGGACCCCAAAACUGUCAAGAAGGUGCUGUGCUUCCUGGAUGAUGACAGCAACUGUAGGGUUGACUUCUGCGAGUUGCUCAGCCUGGCUUUCCGUGUGGCCAAGGCUUGUUACAAGCCGCUACAGCAGCACCAGGCACCAGAAGAUGGUCAAGAGCCAACAGCGGAAGAGAAGGCAAGUGGGGAGCAGCCACGGAAGCUGCGCACAGCAGGGAGCGUCUCAAGCAACCAGCAGGUCCCCAACCAGGGUAUGAAUAAUCAGGUCCAGGACACUGAGAUGCAGGACCAGGACGACCAUCAGACCCAGGAGGGUGAGACACCAGAGCAGGACCAGGACGACCAUCAGACCCCAGAGGGUGAGACACCAGAGCAGGACCAGGCUAACCAUCAAACCCAGGAGGGUGAGACAUCAGAGCAGGACCAGGAUGACCAUCAAACCCAGGAGGGUGAGACACCAGAGCAGGACCAGGCUAACCAUCAAACCCAAGAGAGCGAGACACCAGAGCAGGACCAGGACACCCAUCAGGAUGACGGGACUGAUGCACCAGAAGGGGAUCCUGAGAGAGGUGAUAUCCUGGACACUGCCACCCCAGAGCAGGACAGAAAUACCCAUAAGGCUGAAGAGACCGAGACACCUAAACAGGACCCGAAGACCCACCAGGCCCUAGAAACUGAGGUACCAAUUUCAAACCACCAUCAGAGCCCAGAGUUGGCAUCAGCAAAGCAGGACCUGAAUUGUCCCUCUGAGACACGAGGGAGAGACCCAAACAACAAGACCCAGGUCUGCGAGGCCCCUUGGCACAGCCACAACCCCAGCAACACCCAGAAGCUGCUGCCCCCACAGCCGGAUGCAAGCCUGCAUUGGGCUCCCAAGCCCCGGGGAAUGUGCCACGACCUGGCUUUCCAUCAGCUUCCUGAAUCCAAGGUGCUGGAGCAGGAGCACAGCGGGGCAGAGGCUCCAUCUCGUCCAGCACAACAGCAACAAGACGCUCGCCACCGAAGACAACCCCCUAUAGAGCAACAGCUCCUGCAGUCUCUGUAUCAGUGGCCACCACAGCAGUAA